AUGACUGACUCCAAAGACGUCGAUAUGGAGACCAAGAUGCAGGUGGACGAGUCGGUGGUAGGCAACAACGACAUCGAUGAGUCCCUGUACAGCAGACAGCUCUACGUGCUAGGACACGAAGCCAUGAAGCGUAUGAGUGCGUCGAACGUGCUUAUUGUCGGUCUAAAAGGACUUGGUGUUGAGAUUGCAAAGAACAUUGCUCUGGCAGGUGUCAAGAGUCUGACCCUCUACGACCCCGCCCCCGCCGCUAUCGCCGACCUCUCCUCCCAGUUCUUCCUUCACCCUGAGGAUGUUGGAAAGCCUCGGGCAGCAGUGACAGCACCACGUGUAGCUGAAUUAAAUGCCUACACACCGGUUUCUGUUCUUGAUUCUACCAGUCUUACCACAAACCUCCCACAAUUCGAUCGCUUCCAAGUCGUCGUUCUCACGAAUACCCCCAUCAAAGAUCAGAUCAUCAUUGGAGACUAUCUACACCAGAAGGGCAUAUACUUGGUUGUUGCGGAUACAUUCGGCUUGUUUGGAUCCAUAUUCUGUGACUUUGGAGAGAAGUUCACUGUUAUCGAUCCUACAGGAGAGACCCCGGUAUCAGGUAUCGUUGCAGGUAUCGACGAAGAAGGACUGGUAUCAGCCCUGGACGAGACUAGACAUGGUUUGGAAGAUGGGGACUAUGUUACUUUCACGGAGCUGCAGGGACUUGAGGCACUCAACUCUGCUGAACCACGGAAGGUUACAGUUAAGGGACCAUAUACGUUCUCAAUCGGAGAUGUCUCCGGACUAGGGCAAUACCAGAGAGGCGGUAUUUUCACACAAGUCAAGAUGCCAAAGUUUGUUGACUUCAAGGCUCUGUCAGUUGCGCUGAAGGAGCCCGAACACCUCAUCUCCGACUACGCCAAGUUCGAUCGCCCAUCACAACUUCAUGUUGGAUUUCAGGCCCUGCACGCAUUUGCUGAACAACAUGGCCGUCUACCUAAUCCACAUAAUGAAGUCGAUGCUGCAAUUGUGAUUGGAUCUGCCGAGGCCUUUGCAAAGCAGGAGAAGCUUGAUGUCGAAAUCGACAAAAAGCUGCUUGGAGAGCUGAGCUACCAAGCCCAAGGUGACCUGAGUCCUAUGGCUGCUUUCUUUGGUGGUCUUGCUGCGCAAGAGGUGUUGAAGGCUGUCUCUGGAAAGUUCAUGCCCAUCAACCAGUGGCUAUACUUCGACUCCUUGGAGUCGCUCCCAGAGAACUCGGCUAGAUCCGAAGAACUCUGCAAGCCUCUGAACUCCAGAUAUGACGGCCAAAUUGCUGUGUUCGGACGAGAAUUCCAGGAGAAGCUCUCAAAUGUUCAAGAGUUCUUGGUUGGUGCAGGUGCUAUCGGUUGUGAGAUGUUGAAAAAUUGGGCUAUGAUCGGUCUUGCUACUGGACCAAAGGGAAAGAUCAGCGUAACAGAUAUGGACUCUAUCGAGAAGAGCAAUCUCAACCGACAAUUCCUCUUCCGACCGAAGGAUGUUGGACAGCUGAAGAGUGACUGUGCUGCUGCUGCUGUUCAAGCAAUGAACCCAGAACUGAAGGGCCACAUCGUCACUAUGCGAGACCGCGUCGGACAGGACACGGAACAUAUCUUCCACGAGGAGUUCUGGACUGCCCUUGAUGGUGUCACCAAUGCCCUGGAUAACGUUGAUGCUCGUACAUAUGUCGAUCGUCGCUGCGUGUUCUUCCGCAAGCCGCUGUUGGAGAGCGGUACCUUGGGCACCAAGGGAAACACCCAAGUCGUCAUUCCCAGCUUGACCGAAUCAUACUCCUCAUCUCAGGAUCCUCCGGAGCAGUCUUUCCCUAUGUGCACUCUGCGAAGUUUCCCCAACAAGAUCGAGCACACGAUUGCAUGGGCCCGCGAAUUGUUCGAAUCAUCUUUCGUCAAGCCCGCGGAAACUGUCAACCUGUAUUUGAGCCAGCCAAAUUACAUUGAGACAACCUUGAAGCAGGGAGGUAAUGAGAAAGCCACUCUCGAGCAAAUUCGAGACUUCUUGGUCGACGACAAGCCUCUAAGCGUCGAGGACUGCAUUAAGUGGGCUCGAUUGCUCUUUGAGAAGCAAUACAAUAACGCCAUCCAGCAAUUACUCUACAACUUCCCUAAGGACUCAGUCUCCUCCAGUGGACAACCUUUCUGGUCAGGCCCUAAGCGAGCUCCUGACCCAUUGAAGUUCGAUCCAAAGAACGAGUUCCAUUUUACAUUUGUUGUCGCUGGUGCAAACCUCCACGCUUACAACUAUGGUAUCAAUACCAAGGACCUGGAUGAAGCUCUGAUUCUCAAGGUCUUGGAUAAUAUGAUCAUUCCCGACUUUUCACCAAACGCGUCUGUAAAGAUCCAAGCUGAUGACAGUGAGCCAGAUCCAAAUGCAAACUCAUCUGCUUUCGACGACAAUGCAGAGCUUGAAAAGAUUGUGGAAAAGCUUCCACCACCAAAACAGCUUGCAGGAUUUAAGCUCGAGCCGGUUGAGUUUGAGAAGGAUGAUGAUACCAACCACCACAUCGACUUCAUCACCGCUGCCAGCAAUCUUCGUGCCGAGAACUACAAGAUCGAGCUUGCCGAUAGACACAAGACUAAGUUCAUUGCCGGAAAGAUCAUUCCCGCGAUCGCUACUACUACGGCUCUUGUGACUGGCUUGGUCAUCCUGGAGCUCUACAAGGUUGUUGAUGGCAAGAACAAGCUCGAGGCAUAUAAGAACGGCUUCGUCAAUCUCGCUCUACCAUUCUUCGGCUUCUCAGAGCCUGUCGAGAGCCCGAAAGCCAAGUACAAGAGUCACAACGGCGAUGUCGCUAUCGACAAGAUAUGGGACCGUUUUGAGGUCGACAAUGUCACUCUCAAGGAGCUCCUCGAAUACUUUGAGAAGAAGGGUCUCACAGUCACCAUGCUCAGCUCCGGUGUCAGUCUCCUCUACGCCAGUUUCUUCCCACCUUCCAAGCUAGCCGACCGGUACGCAAUGAAGCUGAGUGAAUUGGUGGCCCACAUCUCCAAGAAGCCAGUUCCUGAACACCAAAAGGCUGUAAUCUUCGAGGUUUGCGUUGAGGAUCAGACGGGUGAGGAUGUUGAGGUUCCUUUCGUUACAAUGAAUAUGGGAAAGUGA